GUUUUCUGUCGCCGUCUUUCUCCUCCAGACUCUUCUUCCUUUUCGACUCUGCGGAUCUCUUUCUUUGUUGAAUUGUGCCGGAGAAUCUAUUCGUUCUUCGUUCGAAGCCCCUGUUCUAUCUUUCCGGCUCGCAAAUAUUAGCGCUUCUGCGUCUUCGAUCUUCACCUGACGUUUUUCUUUGUCGGAAAUCAUUUUUCUGAGAUUCGAUGGCUCAAGCAGUUGAGGAAUGGUACAAGCAAAUGCCUGUUAUCACCCGCUCCUAUCUCACAGCGGCUAUUGUUACCACAAUCGGUUGCUCGCUUGAGAUUAUCUCUCCGCAUCAUCUUUACUUAAACCCUAUCCUUGUGGCCAAAAAGUAUCAGUUUUGGCGUCUCAUUACCAACUUCCUGUACUUCCGUAAAAUGGAUUUGGAUUUCUUGUUUCAUAUGUUUUUUCUUGCCCGAUACUGCAAACUUCUGGAAGAGAACUCUUUUAGGGGAAGAACAGCCGAUUUCUUUUAUAUGCUCUUAUUUGGGGCCACCGUGCUGACUGGAAUUGUUUUGGUUGGGGGGAUGAUACCAUACUUGUCUGAGUCAAUUGCCAAAGUUAUAUUCCUUAGCAACUCGCUGACGUUCAUGAUGGUUUAUGUGUGGAGCAAACAAAACCCUUUCAUCCAUAUGAGCUUUUUGGGCCUCUUUACUUUCACUGCAGCUUACCUGCCAUGGGUUCUCUUAGGAUUCUCCGUCCUUGUUGGGGCCAGUGCUUGGGUGGAUUUACUGGGUAUGGUUGCCGGCCACGCCUAUUAUUUUCUUGAAGAUGUAUAUCCACGAAUGACCGGCCGUCGACCACUUAAAACCCCAUCCUUUAUCAGGGGAUUGUUUGCUGAUGAAGCAGUCGUAGUGGCACGCACCGAGGAUUUGAGAUUUGCAGCCCCUGCUCCGGAGGAUAUUCAUCAAGAUUAGUUAUUAGACAUUUGAAUUCUAGUGAACAACUGGAGAUUUCAUCUUUUGGCCAUUCAUCCACCCUACGAAGCAGCAACCUCUGAUGACCAGAAAUGUAAUGUUCAUCUGUAAUAUAAGCACACACGAAAUUUGCCUUCAUUUCUUCCUUUUUUUCUUUUUGGGUAUUGCCUUGAUGCAAAAGUGAAUCAGAAUCUCAAUUUUUAUUUCGUUAAUCAUAAUGGUUACACCUAACGAAGGAAAAUUCAACAA